AUGAAGUCAACUUAUGGUCGUCCCAAAGGCAAAUCUCAAUCGACAGUGGAAAGUUUUGCCGAAAGAAUUUUUAUUUCGAACCCUCGGUUGUUUAGCUUCUCUCAUCGCGUACUUCUGAGUUUGCGUCAUCCAUACACUGCUGUGGUUGUCGAUGUGGUAGAUUCGGAUCCUUCUCGGGAGAAAGAUCGUCUUGAGGAGAUUCUUGGUGCUUUAUUGCAGUCUCGUGACGAAGAACGGAAGUGGACGCGUGUAGCAACGAUGUUUGAUUUGAAGCUAACUGCUGAAGAGAUUGAUGUAUGUCGCCGAAAGAUUUCUCUGAAUCCAGAGAUAAGAGUACGUAUAGAGAGCCUGUGGACACAGUUGGGGGGUAUAUCCAAUGGUGUUGUUUUGGAGGAGGAUUACAAGGCUUUUCACGUUAGCCUUUAUUCCUAUCUUUUAAAGAUUGACAGUGUUAGUGUUGCAACUUCUUCUUGUGCAGCUAUCGUGGAGGACUUUACUUAUGAUAAAAGAGGUGCUGUUGGAGUAGACUUUGGUUCCUUUGCAAUUUCCAUGCUUGAACUGGCGGAUAAUUGGACUCGGACCAGAGAAGUUGCAGAAUAUAUUCAUUUUUUUAGUGAUAUUUACGACAACUGUCUAAAAAAAAAGCAUUUGCGCUCUUCACGAGAAGUUUUUGUUCCCAACUACAAGGCCCCUGUAUAUUUUUCAGGCGGUCUUGUCUGUCGAGCUCAAGAAGGUGAUAAAGUAGUAUUUUCAAGAAAAAGAUUUGUGUAA